UUGAUUUUCCCAUAUGUCCAAGUUGAAACCAAAUAUUAUGAUUUAGGAAUUGAAAACCGCGACGCUACUAAUGAUCAAGUGACCGUAGAGGCUGCUGAGGCGAUCAAGAAAUAUAAUGUAGGUAUUAAAUGCGCAACAAUCACACCAGAUGAACAAAGAGUUAAAGGUUAG